CACAACUAGCACAGCUACUACUUGUUAUCACUCCCCCAUCAAUUCAAUCUAUAGUCUUAUCUGUGUAUAUAUUACGAUAUUGCUCGAAGAUUACAUACCUGGGAAAAUGGUCAAACCCUGCUGGAGAAUAGGUGCCGGUAUGGAGAGAAGUAAGAUCAAUCCCACAAAGAACGAUGGCUUGACAUGGUAUAACGAUCUUGGUCUUCACGCCUUUGGAGAGUUCUCGCUGGCCAUGAUCCAAGCCAACAGUGAGAUGGAGGACCAGUGCCAGAUCGAAUCAGGGCCAUUGACAUUCAACAACCCAACAGUUCAAGGCACGUUUGUUGGAGUGUAUGAUGGUCAUGGAGGUCCAGAGGCUUCCAGAUUCAUUGCAGACAACAUCUUCCCCAAGUUAAAGAAGUUCGCCUCCGAGGGUAGAGAGAUUUCAGAGCAGGUGAUCAAGAAAGCAUUUUCAGAGACAGACCAAGACUUUCUCAACGGAGUGAAGAAACAAUGGCGCAAGAACCCACAUAUGGCAUCAGUGGGGUCAUGUUGCUUGGCAGGAGUGAUAUGCAACGGAUUGGUGUAUAUUGCAAACGCAGGAGAUUCCAGGGCUGUAUUAGGCAGAUCUGAGAGAGGUGGAGUGAGAGCUGUUCAGUUAUCAGUAGAGCACAAUGCCAAUGUAGAGUCUGCUAGGCAAGAGCUAUGGUCAAUGCAUCCUAAUGACCCCAACAUUCUUGUGAUGAAGCACCGGAUGUGGCGUGUGAAAGGCAUCAUCCAGGUCACAAAAUCCAUAGGAGAUGCAUACCUCAAAAGAGCAGAGUUCAACAGAGAGCCGUUGCUGCCCAAAUUCAGACUACCAGAACAUUUCACCAAACCAAUACUUAGCGCUGAUCCAUCAGUCACGGUUACUCGGCUUAAACCAGAAGACGAGUUUAUGAUUCUUGCUUCAGAUGGGCUUUGGGAGCAUCUUAGCAACCAGGAAGCUGUUGAUAUUGUACAUAGUUCCCCGCGCCAAGGAAUAGCAAGGAGACUACUCAAAGCUGCACUGAAGGAAGCAGCAAAGAAAAGAGAGAUGAGAUACUCAGACCUGAAAGAGAUCAAUCCUGGUGUGAGAAGGCAUUUCCAUGACGAUAUAUCUGUUAUUGUGGUCUAUCUCAAGCCCCAGAUGGUCAAAACCAAUGGUUGGGCUUCUCCACUGUCAGUAAGAGGUGGCUACCCUAUGCAUUCAACAUCAUGAACAGAUACCACAGCAUCGACUCUUCGUUUCUCUCAGUGUAAUGCCUAAAGGCAACGAAAUUUGGAACCAGGAGCAAGAACCACUAGUAGUAUAGGUAGAUCAAUAUUAAAUUUGCGAGAUCUUUGAUAUGUUCUUUUUAAGAAAACAUAAAUUCAAGUGAA